AGAAAGGGAGCCGAGUGCAGCAGCAUCAGUUGCAGCCAAUUCUAACUGCCAGGCCUGUUCGCUGUUUAAUAGGGUGGGCAGGGCCGAAGGGAAUGGUCAUGUGGGUUUGGAGAAUUGGGGCUUGGAUGAGGGUUCAGACUGGAUCUACUUUCCAAAGCCUCCCUUAGCUGGCUGCCUGCUGGGGUGUGAAGUUCAGAAGAGGAAAUGGGGAAGCUGGAAGAGACCUGGGAAAUUAAGUUUCUUGUGGAGACGAGUGGGGACCACAGCAGCUGAGCGGGGCUCCGGGAAGGCACUGCGCCUCUGAGCGCCCGGCAUGGCGGGUCUGAAGCGCCAGGCCAGCCAAGUGUGGCCAGAGGAGCAGGGCGAGCAAGAGCACGGGCUGUACAGCCUGCACCGCAUGUUUGACAUUGUGGGCACACACCUGACGCACCGCGACGUGCGGGUCCUCACCUUCCUCUUUGUGGACGUCAUCGACGACCACCAGCGAGGAGGCAUCCGCACAGGCCGAGACUUCCUGCUGGCGCUGGAGCGCCAGGGCCGUUGUGACGAGAGCAACUUCCGCCAGCUGCUGCAGCUGCUGCGCAUCAUCACACGCCACGACCUGCUGCCCUAUAUCACCCUCAAGAGAAGGCGGGCUGUGUGCCCCGAUUUGGUAGACAAGUAUCUGGAGGAGACGUCAGUCCGCUACGUGACCCCUAGAGCCCUCAGUGACCCAGAGCCAAGGCCUCCCCAACCCUCUAAAACAGCAGUGCCUCCCCACUACCCUGUCGUGUGCUGCCCCACUUCCGGCCCCCAGAUGUGUAGCAAGCGGCCAGCUCGAGGGCGAGCCACACUUGGGAGCCAGCGAAAACGCCGGAAGUCAGUGACAUCAGACCCCAAGGAGAAACAGACCUGUGACAUCAGAUUGCGGGUCCGGGCGGAGUACUGCCAACAUGAGACGGCUCUGCAGGGCAACGUGUUCUCCAACAAGCAGGACCCACUGGAGCGCCAGUUUGAGCGCUUUAACCAGGCCAACACCAUCCUCAAGUCCCGGGACCUUGGCUCCAUCAUCUGUGACAUCAAGUUCUCUGAGCUUACCUACCUCGACGCCUUCUGGCGCGACUACAUCAAUGGCUCGUUGUUAGAGGCACUGAAAGGUGUCUUCAUCACAGACUCUCUCAAGCAGGCUGUGGGCCACGAAGCCAUCAAGCUGCUGGUAAACGUGGAUGAGGAGGACUAUGAGCUGGGCCGACAGAAACUCCUGAGGAACUUGAUGCUGCAAGCGUUGCCCUGACCUCCCCUCCAUCACGUCUCAGUGUGGGGACUGUCCCGCCACCCACCUUUGGAGCUUACACACUGUUCUGGGGUCUGUUGUCUGCCCUUCAAUCACACCCCACCUUUUUUUUUUAAAAUAAGAAAAGGAAAAUGGAAGUGGUGUUCCUCACCUCCUCCCUGCACCCAUGUGCCUGGGCUCCUCUUUGCUUCCCUUUUCCAUUGACCUGAAGUGUGUGUUUGUAGCCACCUUGCCACUGAGCCAUGAGACUAAGGGAUAGGGAGAGGCAAGAGUCCAUGAGGGAGCGUGUGAACACUGCCUGGGGUGCACUGAGGGGAUGUCGGGAUUCUGGCUUCAGGAGGACUUGCCAAUCUCAUCUGUAAAACCAAAGGGCUGAGUAGGGAGUUGUGGAAGGUGGGGCUUGGAACUGUAUUUUGGAAAUUAAUCACCACCCUCUCCCAAAUCAUAGAAUUUUUUUUUU